UGCUUUGAUUGUAUCGACGACUGGAUGAAGAAGCGAUAUGAAUGCCCGCUAUGCCACAGAGCCACCAGCCAUAUUGUCCAAAUCGGCCAAAGCGGACUCGAAGCAAAGACGCCGGCGGAGGGCGGGACUUUUAAAGAGUUUGAAGCUGAGUUGGCUGUUCAUGAUGAAGAGGACGGCAAAUCAUCGAAAAAAGUGGGCAGUGUAACAGUCGCGCAUGCAAGCUGCCAUGAGACAACACCGGCAGAAGAAAGCAGUACCGUCGGUUUCGACCCGAAACACAAAGCUCUCAAUGAGGAGGAUGCCGAUGCGGGAUACCAAAACGAUAGUGGCGAUGAAUUCACAACCUCUCAUGAUACGUCGCUGGAUGCUGGCGACACCACCGAGGAAGAGCCUAAUGAGAGCAAGACGCAAACAGAUUCCAGUGAUGAGUUACUCGAUGAGACCGAAUACGAAACAACCGAUUUAGAAUCAUCCGAUUCCGAAGGCUUUGCUUGUGCUGGUACUAAUAAACAUGAAGGCGAUAAUGAUGACAACUGCGGUAAUCGCGCAUGCGCUAAAAUAGUGCCGCCGAUACAGCCAAUAGCUCGUGGAAUAACGACAGCUGAGGCAGACCAUGCUGUGACCAGACGUUCCAAAAGAGUUGCACGUCGAUCGGUGAAACCUCGUGCUAAAAGCACAUCCAAAGUGCGAAAAAGAGGGGAACGCUCGAAGCCGGCCCCCUUACGCCAGCCUUCUGUGACACGACGCUAUUCCGCAAAAUGA